AUGUGGACACAAGAGAUUCAAUGCAGAGGAAACGAGUCUCAGAUUCACCUCUGUCCAACGUCCUCACACGAAAGCUGUUCACAUGAUAAGUACCAGAGGCUGUUCUGUGCUGAUAAAAAGAAUGUGAGGCUGGUUGGUGGUCCCAGUCGCUGUGCUGGUAGAGUGGAGGUUCAUCAUAGAGGUCAGUGGGGAACAGUAUGUCAUUAUGCCUGGGAUUUGGUUGCUGCUGCAGUGGUGUGUAGAGAGCUGGACUGUGGAGAACCUGUAGAUGCUCUGGGUGAUGCUCAUUUUGGACCAGGAUCAGGACCAAUCUGGAUGGGUGGUACAUUAUGUGCUGGAUCAGAGUCUACCCUGAAGAAUUGUGGGUCAGGAGGAUGGAGCAUACAUACAUGUACUAACAAUUAUGAUGCCAGUGUCAUCUGUUCGGGUCAUAAAGCUUCCAGACUUGUUAAUGGAUCUCACCUCUGCUCUGGGAGGUUAGAGAUACUUGAUGAUCAGUCGUGGGUUUCAGUGUGUGCUGCUGCCUUUGACCAGCAGGAUGCAGAGGUUGUGUGUAGAGAGCUGGACUGUGGGGCUCCUGUACAGGUGCUGGGAGAAGAUGCUUUUGGAAAAGGAGAUGCUCAGAUGUGGACACAAGAGAUUCAGUGCAGAGGAAAUGAGUCUCAGAUUUCAUUCUGUUCAAUAUCAUUGCCACAGAAACACAACUGCACCAGUGACAAUAAUGUGGGCCUGAUCUGUUCUGGUUACACAGAGGCCAAACUGAUGAAUGGUUCAGACUCUUGUUCUGGAAGAGUGGAGCUUCGGUUCAUCAAUAAGUGGGGCACAGUGUGUGAUGCAUGCUGGGAUAUGAGAGCUGCCAGUGUCCUCUGUAGACAGCUGAAUUGUGGGAUUGCUAUGUCUGUUGUGGGAUCAGACUGGUUUGGCGAAGGAAGUGGUGAAAUCUGGGCUGAUGUGUUUGAUUGUGACGGGAAUGAAUCAAAACUCUCAGAAUGUUCCAUCUCUUCAUGGAGUCGAGCUGAAUGUUCUCAUAGACGAGAUGUUGGAGUCAUCUGCUCUGAGAGUGAAGCUCAUCUGGGGAACUGCAGCUCUCCACAAACUCUCAAAUGCAGCUCCACAAAACAGCUGUCAAUCACAAACUUUGGUCGUGGGUCCAUCAGGCUGGUGGGUUCUGGGGGAGACUGUGCAGGGAGGCUGGAGGUUUUUCACAGCGGCUCAUGGGGGACAGUGUGUGAUGACUCCUGGGAUAUUAAAGAUGCCCAUGUGGUGUGCAGACAGCUGCAGUGUGGAGUGGCCCUCAGUAACCAGCAGGUACCAGCCUGGUUUGGUCCUGGUUCUGGACCCAUAUGGCUGGAUGAGGUGGAGUGUGAGGGGAAUGAGACGUCCCUGUGGAGCUGCUCUUCUCCAGGCUGGGGAAAACAUGACUGUCAACACAAGGAGGAUGUAGGAGUCGUGUGCUCAGAGUUUAAAGAGAUCAGGUUAACUGAGGGCUGUGAAGGGAAUGUGGAGGUUUUCUACAAUGGAUCCUGGGGUAAUGUGUGUUACAAUAAGAUGGACAGAGACACAGCGAGUCUGAUCUGUCAAGAGCUGAACUGUGGAAGAUCUGGUGUUUUGUCUGCUUCUACACCAAGAGUUGAAUCAGCUUGUAACUGGCUGGAUAAAGUGAAAUGUCGGCCACAUGAUUCAAAUCUGUGGCAGUGUCCAUCUUCACCCUGGGGACAGAAUGACUGUGGUGAAGAUGAAGUGGCCAAAAUCACCUGCUUGGAACAGGAGAGUCAUGAGUCUCCUAGAAGCUCUUUGUCAUGCUCCACAUCUCCACAUCAGAGACAGUGUUCAGAUCAUGUUCCUCUCAGACUGAGUGGAGGGGAGGGCCGGUGCUCUGGGAGGCUGGAGGUGUAUCAUAACGCUGUGUGGGGCUCAGUCUGUGAUGAUCUGUGGGACAUCAGCGAUGCUCAGGUGGUCUGCAGGCAGCUGGGUUGUGGAGCAGCACUGAGGGCUGAUGAGAAUUCAGGCUUUGGUGCUGGUGAAGGUGUUGUGUGGCUGAACGGAGUCGAGUGCAGAGGGAAUGAGAUUCACCUGUGGGACUGUCCUCUCUCCCUGAAGAACCACACUGACUGCUCCAACAAAGAUCACGCUGGACUCACCUGUGCAGAUUUGUCAGUGUCCACUACUCCUGCCACAACAACAUCAUCUUCUCCUCCAGUUUCUCAGACAGUGAGCUCAACAUCAGUCUCUCAUCCACAAACUCCUCCGUCUCUCUCUGUGCUUGUGAUUGUACUGGGAGUUGUGCUCUUACUGCUCUUAGUGCCACUGCUUAUACUGAUUCAGCAGAACAGAGUGAUGAGGAGAGCUCUCUCUAAGAGGAGACACAGGAGCACGACUGAGGCCGUUUAUGAGGAGAUUCAUCACAGACCCACUAACAGACACAGUCUCUUCACUCAGAGGGGAAGUGUCCUUUCUACCGAACAGCAUUCUGGGUAUGAAGAUGCUGAUAAGCUUCUUUCAGCAAAUUCUGCAGUAGGAGUGAAAACUGAUUACUAUGAUGAUGUCAUCACCACUGAAGGACCAGCAGUAGAGCAACAAAAGACACCAGAGAAUUAUGAUGAUGUAAUCAUUGCUGAACGGAGACCUCAUGAUACAGAUGACUCAGCAGAAAACUAUGAUGAUGUCGUCAUCGUACGGCAGAUUUCCAAUGAUAAAAAAGAGGACGAUCAGGAGGGGUAUGAUGAUGUGAAGAACGUCAGGGAAUAUAUGAGUGACAUGUUUGACUAUGAUGAUGUGGAGGAAGAUCCAGAAAAACAUGGAAGCGCUGUAUAACUCAAACCACACACACACACACACCGCCUCAAAUCAAAGUUUAUAAGUGGUCUGAAAAGUAUUUAUGAUCCCAUACUGUUUUACCUGCAGUCCAGCAAUGUUUUAUGUUGCACUUUGCAUUGAAAUCUUUUAAUUUUUCCAUAUGUUUUUGUAGAUCAUGCUAACAAAAAUAUACUUGCGUUCCUUUUGAAUGUAAACCCACUGGUGGACUUUUAUAUUUUAAAAAUUGUUGGAAUUUAAAUCAUAAAAUUAUAAAAUAUUAAAGGAUUAGUUCACUAGUUCCCAAAAUGAAAAUUUAAUUUAAUUGAGCCCAAAGAGUUGAA